AUGCAAUUGCAAGACUUGUUAUUGUCACUUUCCGUGGCUAUAUCUACAGCACACGCCUGGUCGCCUACUGACAGUUAUGCUCCAGGUGAAAUCACUUGUGAUGCAGAUGUAAAUCUAGUUAGAAAUGCUACUGACCUUUCAAGCGAUGAACAAGAAUGGCUGAAGAAAAGAGAUACAAUCACUGAAAGUGCAAUGAAGACGUUUUUAACCCGUGCCACUGCUAAUUUCUCAGACACCUCGUUCUUGGACUCUUUAUUUGAGAACUCAUCAUACGUACCAAGAGUCGGUAUUGCAGCUUCUGGUGGUGGUUACCGUGCUAUGCUGAGUGGUGCCGGUAUGCUUGCCGCAUUCGAUAACAGAACAAGAGGAGCUAAUGAGAAUGGUUUGGGUGGCCUGCUACAAGCUACGACUUACCUGUCCGGUCUUUCUGGGGGUAAUUGGAUGACUGGAACUUUAGCCUGGAAUAACUGGACCUCUGUUCAAGAAAUUAUAGAUAGCUUUAGCGAUUCAAACACCAGCUCAAUCUGGGAUAUCACAAACUCCAUCGUCACUCCUGGCGGUAACAAUUCUACCUUUACUAGUGAGAGAUUUGCCUCUAUUAUUUCUGAUAUCGAUGAUAAGCAAGAAGCUGGUUUCGAUAUAACUCUAGUAGACGUAUGGGGACGUAUGCUAUCAUACUACUUUUUCCCAAGUCUACCAAAUGGUGGUGCAGCUUAUACCUGGUCUACUCUAAGAGAUGCUGAUGUUUUCAUGAAUGCUGAAAUGCCUUUCCCCAUCAGUGUUGCCGAUGGUCAGUAUCCUGGCACUUCCGUUGACAGCUUAAACUCUACUGUAUUUGAAUUCAAUCCAUUUGAAAUGGGCUCUUGGGAUCCAACCUUGAAUGCCUUUACUGACGUUAAAUAUUUGGGGACCAAUGUUACUAACGGUAGCCCAAUCGAAUCAGGUAAAUGUAUCGCGGGCUUUGAUAACGUUGGAUUCAUUAUUGGUACUUCCUCUGAUAUCCUCAAUGAUAUUACUUCAAGCUACGAAGCUGUUCUAACAUAUUUAGAAACUGAAUUUUUGAGUGAUUCUACAGCAACUUCGGAUGAGUACACACUUGGUAUCUAUUCACCAAACCCAUUCAAAGGCACGACCAACAUUGAUAGCAACUACUCCACCAGUAUUGUCGAUUCUGACAGCUUAUACUUAGCCGAUGGUGGUGAAGAUGGUGAAGUUGUUCCAUUCAUUCCUUUAAUUAAGAAAGAGCGUGAAAUUGACGUUGUGUUUGCCUUUGACAAUGAUGACGGCUCCGACGAUUGGCCAAGCGGUUCCAAUUUGAUUAGUACCUAUGAGCGUCAAUUUAGCUCUCAAGGUAAAUCUAUUGCCUUCCCUUAUGUCCCAGACCUUGCUACUUUCUCUGACCUAGGACUAAAUGAAAGACCUACAUUCUUUGGAUGUGAUGCCAGUAAUUUAACUGAUUUAGCCUACGUUCCACCAUUGAUCGUGUAUAUUCCAAAUGCCCAAUAUUCUUAUCCAAGUAACACCAGUACAUACACUUUAUCUUACUCCAUGGAAGAACGUCUCGAAAUGAUUCAAAAUGGUUACGAAGCAGCAACAAGAAACAAUUUAACCGAAGAUUCAGGUUUCUUGGGUUGUGUUGGUUGUGCCGUCAUUAGGAGAAAACAAGAGUCCUUAAAUAUCACUUUACCAUCCGAAUGUGAACAAUGUUUUGCUAACUAUUGUUGGAAUGGCACUCUCACUGAUGUAAGCAGUGUCAGCUCAAGUAACAGUUCGUAUUCUAAUAGUACUACCACCUUAUCCAGUGGCGCAGCAGAAUCUACAACAGCUUCAUCAAACGCGUCCAACUCAAGCUCCACAUCUUCUUCUUCUGCUGCAUCCAGCAGUUCUGCAGCCAAGGCUAAUGCAGCCGCUUCCGUUGAAACUGGUAAGCUUUUCUCAUUACUAACCGCUUUCGGCGUGCUUUUUUCAUUAAUGUAA